UUCAAGUUGAGCAGUCGAGAGUCCCGCAGCCGAACCAUUGGUGCGUAAUGGUGCACGACUGGACGGCAGAUGUUUCACCACCGGGACACUCUGUCUUUGCACACUUUAUCUGAACUCUUCCGACUUUUUUCCUCAACGUAGGCGUGCGUUAACUUGCUCUCCUGCCCUUUAAAAAAAAAGUAAUCUGAGGAAAGAAAGGGACGAAGAAGAGAGAAAAAAAAAAAUUGGACUACCUCUUCAAACCGUCCCGGUUUUUAUACCGGAGAGUUGUCGUCAUCAGCACCCCAGAUAUCCCCCCUUAGCUCCCUAAAUGGAUGGUGCAGACUUGGUGGGCUAUGCAGUUCAGCACAGACCAAAAGAUUGGAAACAACUUGUGAAUAUCCGUCAGUUUGGCGUCUAGAGGGAAACGCUCAGAAAUGCCGGGCUGCUUCGCUGGAGCUCAACUCUGAGGACUUUUCUCCUGCAUUCGUGCUUUUUUUUUUUUUUUCAGGAGGAAGCUCUCUGCUCAAAGUUUACAACAGAAAGGAAAAGUCAGCGCUGAAGUGGCAGCUCUCACACUAUAGCCCUCGCUAUGGAUUGUAUGUAUUUAUUGAUGUGCUUCUCACUUUUGGAUCCAAUUUUCGCUGCAGAAACACAUGAAAAACUCUCUGGAAAGUUAAGUGAAUAUGGUCUUAUCGUGCCAUUCAGCACAGACUCCCGUGGCAGGUACAUUUCUCACGUGGUCUCUGCUGGAAGCGGAAGUAAAGGUGCUGCAGCCGCUGAUGGUGAUGCCGCCUCGGCCUCUGGCAGCAGUAGAAGGGUGGCCCGCAGUGCCCCCGAGAUGCCCCCGGUCACCCCUGCCUCGGCGCAGCACUUGUUUUUCAAUGUCACCGUGUUUGGGAAAGAACUGCACCUCCGCCUGAGGGCCAACAAGAGGCUGGUGGCCCCGGGGGCUUUCGUGGAAUGGCAGGAGGACUUCGUGGAAAAGGCCAAGCAACGUAUCUACGGGGACUGUGUUUUCACUGGAGACGUGAGCGACAUGCCGGAGGCCUCUGUGGCUAUCAGCAACUGUGACGGACUGGCAGGUUUGAUCCGGACUGAUAAUGGGGAGUUUUUCAUCGAGCCCCUCGAGAAGGGCCAACAGGACGUGGAAAUGAAGGGUCGUGUCCACGUGGUCUACCGCAGGUCGGCCAUCAAGCGGGAGACGGGCCAGCGGAGGGAGGACCUCCACAAUGAAGUGGCAGACUUCGGGAUCGCAGACCUUCCUGCGGCUCUGGAUCUUGUCGAACACAAACUGUCUGAGUCCGAGCGCAAAAGGAGGCACGCGAAGAAAAACGACUACAACAUCGAGGUGCUGCUGGCUGUGGACGACUCGGUGGUGCGCUUCCACGGCAAGGAGCAUGUGCAGAAUUAUGUUCUCACGCUCAUGAACAUAGUUGAUGAAAUCUACCAUGACGAAUCUUUGGGAACCAACAUCAAUGUUGUCCUCGUCCGCAUGAUAAUGGUCGGGUACCGACAGUCCAUAAGCCUGAUCGAGCGCGGCAACCCAUCCCGCAGCCUGGAGCAGGUGUGUCGAUGGGCCAACACGCAGCAGCGCCGCGACCCCGACCACGCCGAGUACCACGAUCAUGCCAUCUUCCUCACAAGGCAAGAUUUUGGUCCCGCAGGUAUGCAAGGUUACGCUCCAGUUACAGGGAUGUGCCACCCACUGAGGAGCUGCACCCUGAACCACGAGGACGGCUUCUCCUCCGCAUUUGUGGUCGCUCAUGAAACCGGCCACGUGCUUGGCAUGGAGCACGACGGCCAGGGGAAUCGUUGUGCUGAUGAGACCAGUAUGGGCAGCAUCAUGGCACCACUUGUCCAAGCAGCUUUCCACCGCUAUCACUGGUCACGUUGCAGCAAGCAGGAGCUCAAUCGAUACAUCCACUCCUAUGACUGCCUGCUGGAUGAUCCCUUUGAACACAAGUGGCCCAAGCUUCCUGAGCUCCCUGGGAUAAAUUAUUCUAUGGACGAGCAGUGCCGCUUUGAUUUUGGUGUUGGCUAUAAAAUGUGCACCGCUUUUCGAACAUACGACCCUUGCAAGCAACUGUGGUGCAGUCAUCCCGACAACCAGUACUUUUGUAAAACCAAAAAAGGUCCUCCGGUGGAUGGAACAGAGUGUGCACCAGGAAAGUGGUGCUUCAAGGGUCAUUGCAUUUGGAGAUCCAGCCAGGAGCCUCAGGGCCACGAUGGGAGUUGGGGCUCCUGGUCAAAGUUCAGCUCUUGCUCCAGAACAUGUGGAGGUGGAGUUCGCUCCCGCAGCAGACAGUGCAACAACCCUCCGCCUGCCUAUGGAGGACGAGAUUGUCCCGGCUCUGCAUUUGACUACCAGAUGUGCAACACGGAGGAGUGUGCUGGUCCUUAUGAGGACUUCCGUGCUCAGCAGUGCAUCCAGAGGAGCAACAAAUACCACAAAAACAUCAAGCACACCUGGCUACCGUACGAGCACCCAGAUGAGGCCCGGAAAUGUGAGAUGAGCUGCAAGUCAAAGGAAACUGGAGAGGUGGUGUUCAUGAACCAGGUGAUGCACGAUGGGACCCGCUGCAGCUACUCAGAGCCCCUCAGCGUGUGCGCCCGAGGAGAGUGUCUGCACGUAGGCUGCGACAAGGAGGUCGGCUCUUACAAACAAGAGGACAAAUGUGGAGUGUGUGAGGGCGACAACUCCCACUGUCGCACCGUGAAGCUGACACUCACCAAGACGCCCAAAAAGAAUGGAAUGCUGAAAAUGUUCGACAUCCCAAUAGGAGCCCGCCACAUUGUUAUCGAGGAGAAUGAGACGUCCCCUCAUAUAAUUGCUGUGAAGAAUCAAGUUACUGGGAACUUUAUACUGAAUGCAAAAAGUGAAGACGCUGAAACAAAGACCUUCAUCGAGAAUGGUUUACAGUGGGAGUAUUCUCUCGAUGGUGCAAAGGAGAUCCUGAAAACGACUGGUCCUCUGCAUGAAGGCAUUGUCGUGCUGGUCAUUCCCCAGGAAGAAGACACAAAGAUAAGCCUGACAUAUAAGUAUAUCAUACACGAGGACCUGUUACCGCUUAUUACCAACAACAAUGUCCUUCUGGCUGAACUAGACACAUACGAGUGGGCACUGAAGAGCUGGUCUCAGUGCUCCAAACCCUGCGGGGGAGGCAUACAGUAUACUAAAUAUGGCUGCAGGAGGAAGAGUGACAGCCGUUUGGUACAUCGAAACUUUUGUGAAACCAGCAAAAAGCCCAAACCCAUCCGCAAACGCUGCAAUGUCCAAGAGUGCAGCCAGCCCACGUGGGUGGUGGAAGAGUGGAGUCCCUGCAGUAAGACCUGCGGGAAGCUCGGCUACCAGACCAGGGUGGUGCAGUGCAUGCAGGCGCUCCACAACGGCACCAACAGGCCCAUCCACAGCAAACACUGCGCCGAGGAUCGGCUGGACACGAGGAGGGCCUGUAACCACACCACAUGCCCCGCCCAGUGGAGGACAGGGGCGUGGUCUCAGUGCUCAGUGACCUGUGGCGAAGGGAUUCAGCAAAGGCAGGUGGUUUGCAAGGCCAGUGACAACACCAUCGGAGAAUGUGAGGGCGAGAAGCCGGAAACAGUCCUCAUUUGCAAACUAAUUUCUUGUCCAGGACAGGCAGGGUCUCCUCUCACUGUUGGAAUAAUGGGAAACUCUACAAUAAAAGACGAAGCAGUGCACCAAAGGGCUCCUGAAAACCCUGUCCACAAAAUCUCUUCAAAUGAGCCAUGUCUUGGGGAUAAAUCCAUUUUCUGUCAAAUGGAGGUUCUUGCCCGAUAUUGUUCCAUCCCUGGAUAUAAUAAGCUUUGCUGCGAGUCUUGCAACAAGAAAGAAAACCUCGGCACACAUCCUCCUGACCUCCAAAACACCCAAGUGGCCUCAGUCGAACCUGACACCUCUGUUCCUUCUCACCAUGCAUUACCCAAGGCUCCACUACCCGCUACGACCCAGAGCACGCCGCAAACCACUAAAGCUAUCGUCAGGCGGCUUCGCUCUACCGCCCCGGUGCCAACCACGGCCGCCGCUGCUGAAGCCUCGCCAUCCACAGGUGCUGCUCUGCCCCAGGGUCCGACCAGCGACUCCCUCCUCACAGCUGGGAAAGGUGACUCAGACCCAGGGCCUCUUCUACCUCCAGGGCCUCCACGGCCCUCAGCAGACUCCAGUGGAGGUGCCUCUAAAGAGCACAGUCCAAACAGCACUUUAGGCCCAGUCGCUGCCAGGUCAAGAAGGGACAAUUUAGGAUCCGAGAGGGACUCGAAUCACAGAACCCUGUCAGCUCAGCAAUGAACAGUGAGCAAUGUUGUGAACGUGCUGCUCAGUGUGACGGUCUCAUACAUCAGCUUUCUCUUCGCAGCAUCUGAUAGACUCGCUGUCUUGCUGCAGAUAUUGUCUUUCUCUUUUUUGCAAAGAUUGUUUUUUUUCCAUGCCAGUGAAUUUAGACCAGACCAGCGAUGGUUACCUCAUCAAAACUCCAGUGAUCUGUGCGCAGCGUCGCUCUGCCCUCUGUGCUUCAAAUAUGAAACGGAAGACAAAAAAAAGUUGGUGCUGUAAACUAAAACGACUUCAAGGCGUGUUCAAAAUGUGAUGACUGCAUUGCUACAUUCAUGUUUUUAUCUGUGUACAGUUGUGUAAUCCUGUUUUCUCAAGUGCAUUAGAACUACUAUUGAACUUGUAUUGUGAACAUGCGAGGAGAGGUCCAAGGCCAUGGUUUUGGAGGUGCACGUGUCAGAUAUGGAGACUAGAGUGUGCCAGAACAGUUGUAGACCCUGCCAGUGUUAAGUUACAAUUAAUUAAUACAUUGCUAAGUUAUUAAUUAGUUAGUUUUAAUGACGAAUUGAAUAACGCAAAGUAAAUUGACAGAUUGAUAAUUUUACUUUCUAAUUCUGUUUCAAGAAUUAGUAGAAUUUUUAAAUAAAAUUGCAAAAAUAUAUAUUUUUUAAAGCUUUUAUGUAGCACUUUCUGUAUUUGUCACUCAUAAUUUACUGUCCAGUUUCCAUUUGAUGAUUGCUCUAAUUUAAAGACAGCUCUCACAUUUCAAGAUUUGUAAACGUUGUGGCAACUAAAACCUAAAUAACUUCCAGCCCACAGAGCAGUACCAGGAACUCAUGGCUCAGCAGAGGGUGGCAGCAGAGUGCAUUACAUCAACAGCUGGGAAGAUCGACACCACUCUCAUAAUUGUGCAUCAACUAUGGAGCUAGCUUAGCAUUAUGACUAGAAGUAAGGAGAAGCAAUUAGCCUGACUCUCCACAAAGUUCUAAAAGACUCCCGCUAAUUAUAGCAUGUUGUUUAAUCUACAUGCGAACAGAAAUGUAAAAACAACAGUUUUUGGUGUCACUAACUCUUGGCUAGCAGCUUGGGGCAGUGACUUCCUGGAGUCUUGUCGGCACUAUGAGGUUGUCAACUUUCUUAACUUUUUUAUUAAGAAAUACAAUUUUUACAGGUCUUGAUAGAUGAUUUUUUUUUUUUUUUCCUUUGGACUCAUCAUUUAAAUGCAAAUUUAAUGAAUUGAUAAUGGCUUUUAAGAUGUAUUUAAUUGAUUAUAAUAAGACACUCGUUAAGUCAAUAAUUCUUCCAGUGGCACACUCCAGACUCCGUAGACAUCACUCCUGGCAGAGAGCCUCAUAGCUUCUCUGUCCCCGGUGCUCUUUUUUGUUGUUUGUUCCCAGACCAACGUACCAGUGAUUAUCGUCACUGGUAAGAAAUCAUGACUGUCUACAGGCCAACCCCACUGUAGCAUGCCCUCUGCCUGCCUUUGUGGAUGACACUCACUUAACGCUUUAAAAACAAAAAAGAUUUAAGGAAAAAAAAAAAUUAUGUUUUUGUAACUGAUAAAUAAUGUAUAUAGUGUAAAUUUGAAGUUAUGAAAAGAAAUUAACAACCAGGAAUUGAGAGGAACGUAUGUUGCAAUGUUAAAAAUGCAGGCGAUGCUGUAAGUCUACAGACUGUGGUUGGUCAUACUGUUACAUCAUUCCUGCAUUGCAGUUCAUAACAUCAUUAUGUUUAUUGUAUAGUUCUUGUAUAUACGUAAUGAAAGCUUUAAAUGUUAAUAUUUAUUGAAUUUUUAAGUGGUAUGGAGAACAAAGUAAAACAAGUUUGAAAGAACCGAGA